AACGACCUAAUCACUACAGUAGGUGCUGAAAAGAAUUUUCAAAAUAUUCCAAUGCCCCGGAAAACGAAAGUCAGUGGAAUCUUAGCCACGUGUAGCGUUUACGAAGUGUGCCUUACAAGCAUCUGUCAAAGUUAAACAGUGCUCAAUAGACGUACCGGCUUUACCAGAUACGUAGGAUAAUCAUUAAAUCCAUCUCCGCCAGCGCUUCGUACAGAUUUCAUACGCGGUGUGGUCUCAUCCGUUUCCCGCCAUGUUUGAGCGAGGCGACCUCUAAGAGAGGAAAAUGCUUGUCUUUAUUCACUGCCUUGACUAUUUGAUGGGAUUUGCACAAACCUUUCUUAAGCUCAGACAACGCACAGAGACCGACAUUUUUUAAAUCUAUAAUCCGAACUGCUCCGAACAGAGCAAAGGUUAAGGGGAAAUCUGUCUGGUUGAAAAACACUCUCAUUGAUUAUCCGGCUUAAAGUUCUUUACUCAAGCGUAAUUGAAAUACCUUACUAAGCUAAACGCUUAUAUAAGACAUCGGCCAAACGGGCGAAAGAUAGACUAUCCUUCAAAGCACACGGGUUGUUUCUGAGGAGGAACUCGCGUAUGCUGCAAGAUGUUGUACGCUUGGCUUUUGGUAAUGCUCGCUAUAUCUUUUCAUACAGCAGAUGGAUUUCGCUUUGAUCUUCCUCAAAAGUGCGAGAAAAUCUCCAUACCUCUUUGCCGCCGUGUUCUACCGUACAACCUAACUCGUUUUCCAAAUGCAGUCGGUGACCAGAGCCAAGCCUUGGCGAACAGGUCGAUAGAGUUGUACAGAUCGCUGGUACAACGCGCAAACUGUUCCAAACACGCUGUGUUUUUUAUGUGUUCGUUUUACCUGCCGAUAUGUUUACCAGGAAUCGAGGAGGAGAAAGUCAUUAAGCCAUGCCGAUCCUUGUGUAAACAGAUUAGGACGGACUGUGCAGAAGUUAUACCAGUAGAGGCCUGGGAAAAAGUUGUGAAGUGUGAAGAACUGCCCGAGUUCUCAGACAAUGUGUGUGUCCAGCCGGACUCCUUCGUCACAGUCUCGAAGCCUACAAAGAUUGUAAACCAUAAUUCAUGCGAAGACAGACAACCCACUGAUUACAACUUGUAUGCCAGCAGACGUUACGACUAUGUUAUCAAAUUCAAAGCCAUUUUAAUAGAAAGACUCGAGAACCACGACAUUAUAAUCCGCGGACGGGUUUCCAGAGUCUUCAGACAAAACAACGUUACAAUCAGCAAAGGUCGCGUGAAGAUCUGGAGCAACGCUGACCUAACCUGCUCCUCCCUCGUGACCGGAAAGGUGUUCUUGAUUUGCGGCCACGAGAAUACGUCGAAACAAAAACUGCUCCUGUCAUCGACUAGCUUGAUAGAGGCCUGGAGUGAAGAAACGUUAAGAAAGAUCCGACGGUGGGAAAGACUUGAGAAGAAAGUGAGCUCAAAGAAAAAGGCUAGAAAUGUGUCUAAUAUCUGAAGUCAGACAGCCGCGAACUGGCAGAACAUUAAUUCGUCCCUACUCCUAUUUAUUUAAGUUUAAUAACUUGCAAUUUCCGGUUCGGCAGUCUACUGCCUCAUGACCAUCGGUAAUUGUUUGUUUGUUGUCAUGGUAAAAGCACCAAGUGCACGCUCCAAUAAAGAACCUUUGAACAUCAUUCGUUGUUAGAAAAAUAAUCAAAUAGUACAGGCCCGGCAGAUGGGAAAGAUCAGGACUCUGAUCUCCAACAAAUUCCAGACAGCGAAUGAUUUUCUUAUCACGCUGAAUCGAGUGUUAAGAAUAGUAUUUGUAAUCUUUAAUAAAAUGAUUUUUAACGAC